GAAUUUCACAGUCACCAAUACAACAUUUGACACUGUUUAUAUCUUCUUUCUUACUUCUAUGCAUAAUAUGGUUCAUCAGAGAGAACAGGGGAGGCUCACUCUAGAGGAUCGCUUAGAUCUUAUUGAUUAUAGCUCCAACGCUACUAGGUAGGCAUUUCCAAAUUUCACGGUGGAUCUUUAAUCAAUGCGGACCAGUCAAGACCUUUUUCGCGGUAUGUAUAUGAAUCUGGUAAUACCGGUAUCGCCAAUGUGAAAUGAAAGCAAGGCAGGCUCUCAGGGUUACCUCGAAUCGAGAUCUUUUCAAGUGAAAUGUACCAGUCGGUAUACUAUGAUCUGUUGAUGUCGAAAACAUUCCGCCGUGUUUAUGUGCUACCGUCAACCGGUAGCAUUUUCUUCCAGUGUUAUGGCGCACAUGAUACUGUUACCAGUUAUUUGGAAACAAGCCAGAAGCACAUGAGAUCAUAGACUAUCUCAAACUAUUUUAAUAAGUAGGGGAUCAGCUGGAAAUCUCUUGUAUGGACGACGCCACUACCACGCCUCUCGAGAUCUUUUUUCCUUAUCUGCCCCAAAUGUAUUGUUGAUAAGGUUGCAAGUCCAUCUACUAUUGUUUUAGUGGAGAUUUUAGCUUUUGUCUAACUUAAUACUUGAUUCUCAUUUAUCUCUUGCCCACUCUUUCUUUUUGUUAUUUUGUUCUCCCUCGCUCUGGGGCUUUUUGUUACUCUCUUUGCACCUGUUCUCAGUCAAUCGAGCCAUGAAAUCCAGGAAAACUAUCCGUUUGGCUAUUCUUUUGGCUACGUCUUCGAUAAUCGUUCCCUCGAUAAUACUGUUUGCUCGCCAUGGCACACUUAAUGUGACAUCAUAUUUUGGAUCACAAGCAAUACUUGGAGAUGGGUUUGGAUACGAAUUGGCCGAAGAAGAUUGGACAGGUGUUUUACCCGGAAUUGAUUUGUCAUCUGAUUGUAAUGUCACAGAAAACUUCGAGUGGUUGGGAAGGUACAACUUAUCAUACCCUUUGAAAGUUGCGCAGCGAGAUAUUAUCGCGAAACCUAAUCAUGGAGAAAGACCGUCAGUCACCAUAAUGAAAGCAUCUUUGUUCGACAGCCCUGAAAUGUUCGAGCACGCAGAGCUUUCUAUUGAUAGAACCGUCGACCAUUGUUCUCCACUCACUCUUGAAGUCCCUUAUCCUCCAAUUCGGAAAAUCGACGCUUCGCAUAUGAUAUUUGGUCUGCAGACCACAAUACAGCGUCUUCGGGACACAAAGAUGCACCUAGCACGAUGGCUGCCCAACAGUGGAGCUCGUUUGAUCGCAAUAGUAAAAGAAAGCGAAGAGACAUUGGCAUCUAAAUCUGAAAUGGCACGACUCCAGAAAGAAUAUCGCAAGGCAGGCAUGGAUAUCACAAUAGUAUCACCUGUCAAGAAAGAGGACUUCUUCAAUCAACGAUAUUUCUCCCUGAUAGAUCUGAUGUACAAGGCCCGCAACAAGAAAACAAAAUGGACUGUGGUUAUGGACGACGACACAUUUUUCCCUUCUAUGCGUGGGCUACUAGAUGAGCUUGCUCUUUACGACCAUACGCAGCCUCAAUACAUUGGUGGGUUAUCCGAGAAUUGGGCAGCCGUGAGAAUGUACGGACUAAUGGCAUUUGGAGGGGCUGGCGUCUUUCUCUCCACGCCACUGGCCAAAAUUAUCCAUGACAACAACGAGGAGUGUAAAAACAACAUGCGAUUUACUUCCGGGGAUACACUGGUGAUGGACUGUGUAUAUCAACAUUCUAAAGCCCAACUUAUAACAGUAGCUGGACUUUCGCAAAUCGAUUUCAUGGGAGAUCAUUCUGGAUUCUAUGAGAAUGGAAGAAAGGUAUUAUCUUUACAUCACUGGAAAGCAGGAUCGGCGACCAAAUAUCCCUAUGAGAUGGAUAAGAUGCAUCUAGUAUCAGAUGUGUGUGACGAAUGCUUUCUACAACGUUGGCAGUUUGAUAACGAUAUCGUCCUUACCAAUGGGUUUAGCAUCGCGAAAUACCCCAAGGGGUCGUUAGAGCGAGGGGCAAAGAGCGACUUAAGUAACUCAACAAUCGUUGAUGGAAGUGUCGACUUGAGGAGAACAGAAGUGACUUGGGAUGACAAGAAUCUCGAUGUUGAACAUAGCCUGUCACCAACACGUCCAGAAUUGAAUGAGGGUCAGAAAAUUAGCUGGAAAUUUCUGGAUAGCUUUUUGGUCGAUGGACAUGUGGUUCGACAAAUUUAUUUGAAAAUGGGACUUGAAGGAGGGGGCGAUGAAGUGCUGAUUUUGAAUUGGAGACAAGCGAGAAGAAGCCACAGUGCAGGAGGAACUGAAAUCAGACAUUAAUUUAAUCGAGAGGUAGGAGUCAAGGCUUCCAUUUUUUUUUACUAAAUGAUAUACCCUCAAUAAUCGGGAGGCAUAAAAUAGGUGUCGAUAGGCGUUUGGGAUGACAGGUCAACUGCGAUUGGAAUUCCGCAAGGAAAAAUGUAUAUCAUGCGAACGACGAUUUAGGAUAUCAUAAUGUAUAUGUAAAUAGUACUUCACCAAUAUGGACAUAAACAGAUCAAGAAAGAAUGCAGGAUACCUUUUGGAUACCUAGAAAACAGGAAGCGGAGACUGAAGCAUAAAUUUUUACAUAUGGCUUUUCA